AUGACAACCAUGCAGAAGCUGCUGCAGCUGCCCGUCAACGCGGUGAACAUGGUGAAGACGGUGCAGAGUCAGGUGCAGGGCCAUGAGGAGGAUAAGAGCCCUGUGUUGACCCCCGACAGUGGGCAGCAGACUUGGUAUAGCGCCCUGAGGCCUGAUGAGCUGCGCCACCUCAGAGGAGGGGGAGCUGGUGGAGGUGGUGGUGGUGAUGGAGGGAGAGACCAGGAGGAACGAGCGCCAUUGGAGGAAGGUGGCAGCGGCGGCAACGGGAGUUCCCUUAGUCAACCUUUGCGACAUGACGACCUGAAGGAGAUGCUGGACAGCAACAAAGACUCCCUUAAGCUGGAGGCCAUGAAACGCAUCGUUGCCAUGAUUGCCCGAGGUAAAAAUGCGUCAGACCUCUUCCCUGCCGUGGUGAAAAAUGUGGCUUGUAAAAAUAUUGAGGUAAAGAAGCUGGUGUACGUUUACUUGGUGCGUUAUGCCGAGGAGCAGCAAGACCUGGCGUUGCUCUCCAUCUCCACCUUCCAAAGAGGCUUGAAGGAUCCCAACCAACUAAUCAGAGCAAGUGCCCUGCGUGUCCUCUCCAGCAUCCGGGUUACCAUCAUCGUUCCCAUAAUGAUGCUGGCAAUCAAAGAGGCCGCUUCUGACAUGUCUCCGUACGUUCGGAAAACAGCUGCUCAUGCCAUCCCUAAACUCUACAGUCUGGAUCCAGAACAGAAGGAUCAGCUGAUUGAAGUCAUUGAGAAACUCCUCGCAGACAAAACCACACUCGUGGCAGGGAGCGUGGUCAUGGCCUUUGAGGAGGUGUGUCCGGAGCGGAUCGACUUAAUCCACAAGAACUACAGGAAGCUGUGCAACCUCCUGAUCGAUGUGGAGGAAUGGGGUCAGGUGGUUAUUAUCAACAUGCUGACGCGCUACGCCAGGACGCAGUUCCUCAACCCCAACAUCAAUGAGUCUCUGCUCGAGGAGGGCGGAGGUGGCGACAAGACCUUCUAUGGCUCCGACGGCAAUGAUGACGAUGAUGAAGAUGAUGAAGACAAGGAAAAGAAGGCAGAGGCCGCUGCCUUGGCCAAGAGGAAGCCAUACGUGAUGGAUCCGGACCACCGGCUGCUGCUGAGGAACACCAAGCCGCUACUGCAGAGCCGCAACGCAGCUGUGGUGAUGGCCGUGGCUCAGCUCUACUUCCACCUCGCCCCCAAAGCUGAGGUUGGAGUAAUCGCUAAGGCUCUUGUGCGUCUUCUGCGCAGUCACAGUGAAGUCCAGUAUGUUGUUCUUCAAAAUGUGGCCACUAUGACCAUUAAGAGAAGGGGAAUGUUCGAACCAUACCUGAAGAGUUUCUACAUCCGCUCUACAGACCCAACUCAGAUAAAGAUCCUUAAGCUCGAGGUGCUGACCAAUCUUGCCAAUGAGACCAACAUCUCCACUAUUCUCAGAGAGUUUCAGACCUACAUCAAAAGUAUGGAUAAAGACUUUGUGGCUGCCACCAUCCAAGCAAUUGGUCGCUGUGCCACCAAUAUCGGAGAAGUGAGGGACACGUGUCUGAAUGGUUUGGUGCAGCUGCUGUCCAACAGAGAUGAAUUGGUGGUGGCUGAGUCCGUGGUGGUCAUCAAGAAGCUCCUGCAGAUGCAACCUGAGAAGCACAGUGACAUCAUCAAACACAUGGCCAAGCUUACGGACAACAUCCAGGUGCCGAUGGCGCGGGCCAGCAUUCUGUGGCUGAUCGGUGAAUAUUGCGAGCACGUGCCCAAGAUUGCCCCAGAUGUCCUGAGGAAGAUGGCCAAGUCUUUCACCAAUGAAGAAGACAUUGUCAAGCUUCAGAUACUCAACCUUGCUGCUAAGCUGUAUCUCACCAACUCCAAACAAACCAAACUUUUGACGCAGUAUGUCCUCAACUUGGCUAAGUACGACCAAAAUUACGACAUCCGUGAUCGGGCGCGCUUUAUCCGCCAGCUCAUUGUACCCACAGAGAAGAGUGGCGCCCUCAGCAAGUACGCCAAGAAGCUCUUCCUGGCCCUCAAGCCUGCACCGGUUUUGGAGUCUCCAUUUAAAGAUCGAGACCACUUCCAGUUGGGCUCACUGUCCCACCUGCUGAACGCCAAAGCCGGUGGCUACCAGGAAUUACCUGACUGGCCGGAAGCCGCCCCAGAUCCCUCCGUGCGCAACGUGGAGUCUUGCCAGGUAUUUUCGCUGCUUGAGCGAGUCACAACGUUGACCAGCGUGCCCGAAUGGACCAAGUGCAGCAGCCGUGAGAAGAGAAAGGAGAAGAAAGUAGAGAAGCCUUUCUACUCCGAUUCCGAGGGCGAGUCCGGGCCGACGGAAUCGGCCGACAGUGAGUCGUACUCCUCGGGCGGUUCCGACAGCGGAAGCGGGAGCGCCGAAAGCGGCUCCGGAUCCGAGAGUGAAGAGAGCGAAGAAGCCUCUGAAUCAGAGGAAGAGGAGGAAGACAAGACCAAGAAGAAAGAGUUCAAGAAGCCAGUGCGAGAGAGCGAAAGUGAGCAGAGCAGUGAAGGGGAAGAUAGGAAACGGACGAGAAAGAGCAAACAACAAAAGAGCGAUUCGGAAUCGGAGUCUGACGAAGACGAGGACAGCGAUUCGGAUAGCAGCCAAUCGGAAUCUGAAGAUUCCGAGUCGGAGGCGGAGGUCAAAAAGAAGAAGGCAGUGCAAUCAAAAGCUCCUUCCAAGCCCGGGACCAAAGACAGCAAGAAAGAAAAGAAAGAAAUGUCGCUGCUGGACCUUGACGACUUCGAACCCGCCCCUUCGCCUCAAGUGACACCCGUCAACUCCUUCCUGUCCAGUAGCCUCGUCACCGACUUGGAAGGUUUAUCUUUGUCGGAUAACGUUCUCUCACCUACAGCUAUCUCUCCAUCAGGCGCGCAGAAGAGCUACGAACUCCUGCACCGGAUCACCGGCGAGGGCCUGUCGGUGGAAUAUUGCUUCAGCCGACAACCCUUUGGUCCCGAUGCCAACAUGGUGGCGGUGCAGAUGCAGUUUGCUAAUAGCGCUGCUGUAGAUGCCAAGAAUUUACACAUUGAGGACGUUAAGUUGCAGUCCGGCAUGAGGGUUAAAGAGUUCCAGGAGAUAGAGCUGCUUCCUGCAGGUGAGACAGUCACUGCCGUGAUGGGCAUCGACUUCUGCGACUCCACACAAGCGGCAAACUUCCAGCUCUGCACUCACAGCAGGAAGUUCUUUGUAUCCAUCCAGCCGCCUGUUGGAGAGUUAAUGAAACCCGUUUUUAUGACAGAAAACGAGUUUAAAAAAGAGCAAGGGCAACUGAUGGGCAUGAACGAGAUCACAGAGAAACUGACGCUGGACGCAAAGUGUCGCAACGAGCACGCCAUUGUUCAGAGGGUGACGGGGGCCGCCAAUCUUAGCAGGGUGCCCUGUGGCUCCGACAAGGAGUGCAGGUUCGCGGGCCGGACCGUGAGCGGCGGCAGCCUGGUGCUGGUCACCGUAAUCACCAAGGAGGACGGCGCCGCCCAGUUGACGCUCAAUUGCGACAAAAUGGUGAUCGGGACCAUGUUGGUCAAGGAUGUCCUGAUGGCUCUCACGCAGUAG